CUUCCUUAAAAAUCAUCAACCGGAGAAUCGAUAACUAUUUUGUCUAUCCUGCUUAUUCCUGCAAUUGCUUGAACUCAUUGGUUAUUGCGGUUAUAGGUUUAAUGUCAUAGAGAUAAUGUUACUUUUAACGCUUUAACAUUUUUAAAGACAUCUGAAAUGUUUGUUUUCAUUUUCAUGUGUAUGCCGAUCGUCAAUGGUGUGUCUGGUGUUGAUGCAGAUGAAGUGAAGUCAGUGUCAGUUAUGGAGGGAGAAUCUGUCACUCUACACACUCAUCUAACUCACAUACAGACAGAUGAUUUUAUAAAGUGGAUAUAUGAACCUAAAGAAUCUCUUAUAGCUGAAUUCAGUAUACAGGCCAAUUUGACCUCUAUACGUGAUACUUAUGAUGAGAGAUUCAGAGACAAACUACAGUUGGACAAUAAAACUGGUUCUCUCACGAUCACAAACAUGAGUAUCAGAAACGCUGGACUUUAUAAACUAACUAUUCACAGCAGCAAAGAAACCUCAUACAAGAAAAUAAGUGUGACUGUCUAUGCUCGUCUGCCUGUUCCUGUCAUCAUCAGAGACUCUUCUCAAUGUUCUUCAUCAUCAGAAAGAUCUUCAAAAUGUGUGUUGUUGUGUUCAGUGACGAAUGUGACACAUGUGAGUCUCUCCUGGUACAAAGGAAACAGUUUAUUGUCCAGCAUCAGUGUGUCUGAUCUCAACAUCAGACUCUCUCUACCUCUGGAGGUGGAAUAUCAGGAUACAAACACAUACAGAUGUGUCAUCAACAAUCCCAUCACAAACCACACAAAACAUCUAGACGUCAAUGAACUCUGUCAGUCAUGUUCAGAACUCUGGAAAUUCAGAUGGGCAAUAUUUGAAGUUGUUAUUGCUGCAACUGCAUGGCUGUUGAUAAUCUUAUGUAUAGCUGCUGGUGUGGUUUACUUCAGCUGGAAAGACAAAAAAGAAAUAUGCAAAACGUAUUUUCAUGAUUUUGUUUCUUUUUUUCAAACUUUUUUUUCCACCAAGAUUCAUAUAGUAUAUUCAUGUAUUUUUUCAAAUACCCAUACAGGUUAUGAAGCAGACAUCUGUCUACACCCCACUGAAUGAUAUUAGGAAAAAAGUCUUUCAUCUGUUCUUCCUUAACAACAACUUGCUGAUUAUAUUCAAGGAGAAGAUAGAAAAACCAGCCUGGAAAUCAGCCCCUAUAAAAUUUGUUAUUAUGUGUUUAUUUUUAUUAUAUUUUUGAAGUAGGACGGUGUCAACAGUUACUUGAUAGUGGCCAAAUUAACCAAUCAGAUGCAGACUUUUAUUUGGAUAUUUAGAAAAAGGUAACCGAAUCCUCUUGAUUUUUUUCUUACCUCACCAAAAGGCAAUAGUUAUUAUGGGCAUAACACAGUUGUUGUAAUAUGUAUUGUUAAAAACUAAUUCAAUGGUAGGAUUGGUUCUUGCCUUGCUUCUGUAUUUCAUGUUUUAUAUAUCUAUUUCGAAACUUUAUUUUUAUUAUUUUCUAAAUUAUUCUAAAAAUGUUGACUCUAGUAGAAAAUGUGUGUUCAUGAUGGAUGUUAAAGUCAUGUUUAUUUAAAAAGCACUUUUGACAAAGCUUUGCACAAAUUACAUAAUGUCAUAUUAUUGAAGGUCAGAUUUUAGGGUCAAAACUUCAGAUAUUAGGGUCACCAUCUUUUGACACCUAAUUGAAUAGAAUGGAAUGGAAUAGAUAACUCACAAUAUCACAAUAUUUACAAAACCCUGUAAGUAUAGAAAAAGGUACUUAAAUAAUACAUGAUUUAAAAAUAGGUGUAAAUUAACAGCAAAUGAUAUACAUGUAAAACAUGAAAAUAUGUAUUAAUGAACACAUAACAAUAAAACAUAGAGGUCUCUUUAGCUAUAGGUUAAAGAACAUUUAUUAUUAUAUUUGAUUAUAUGCCUUUUGUUGAAUACUUCACUUCCAUGUGAUAUUUUAAGUUUUUAAUUUAAUGAAAGUUGUGGUGAAUUAUCUUUGCCAGCAGGCCAGAGUACGACAUAUCUCCCUUUGUAAUAUUUCUUUUCAAAAUGCCAGAAAUCUUAAAUAAAUCACAAUGAUGCCCUUCAUCGUCAUUUACACUGACCAAAAUUAUAAAGGACAACACUUGUGUUUUUUUCUCCAUUUUUCAUGUGCUGAGAUAAUCCAUCCACCUCACAGGUGUGGCAUAUCAAGAUGAUGAUUUAACAGCAUGAUUAUUGCACAGGUAUGCUGUAGGCUUGCCACAACCAGAGCCAUUAAAAUAGGAAGUUCUGAACAGCGUCCAAAACCCCUUUAUAGUCGCAUUCCUCAAAUGUGUUGAUUAAUGUGCUGUUGUUUCUGUUCUUGGGGGGAGAAAGCAUUGCAUUUGUGUAAUGCAAACAAAUAUGUUUUACAUAAUUAACUUCCUGUAAACGUCACUGAGAAGUCUUUGUUUCUGAUAAUGGCUUUGUUCAUCUAGGUUGCAUCGAAUAUUUAACCUUUUUUUUAUUUAUAUACAAUACAUUACAGUAAUAAUGUUAAAAAAUUGUAUUUCUUUUUUACACUUAAUGCUGUUCAUCAGAAAAUGACUGGAAUGAUGACGAAGACUGUGAAGGUUGUUGAAAUAUUUCAAUGGA